CAUUUUGUCUGUAAGCGCUGGAGGAGCUGUCCACCAGCACGGUGCAGAAGUGUGUCCGACACAGCGCUGAACGGUAUAUCAAGUGUCUCACAAAUUUAAAGGAUGCACUGGUCAAUGAACACACUCCCUUUGCCUCCAUAUGUUGAGCUGGGUGUCCAUUCACUGAGUGGCCUUCUCUGGACUCUACUGCUACUCUUUCUGUGGCACUGUUAUCGGAUGGGCUCCGACCUGCCAAUCCCAGGCCAUGGACACGCUGGAAAGCUUAAGUCUGGCUCAAGGCGGUCUAUGAUGUCCCGUGGCGGUAGCUGUGCUGGAACAAAGUGUAGUGCACGAUCCAAACUGUCAAGAAGUGAUCAAAUUACUCCCUUUAUUUCCAUGGAAACAGAGGAGGAUGAGGAUCAGGGACAGGGCUACCUCACCCCAGUGCUGAGUCAUGCCUUGUUCCCAGCCCAGGCAUCUGCUGAAGCCAAGAAACUGUACGCAGCACUGCAAGAGUAUGCCAAGCGCUACAGUUGGGUGGGCAUGGGCCGCAUUCAUAAGGGCCUCCGUGAGCAGGUCAGACUGAACGAUCACUCUGCUAUACAGAAGCCUCAUCUCUUCUUCUUGCCAGAUGUCCCAAGUGUUCCUUUCUUCCCACGAGAUGCUCAUCGACAUGACAUUGAGGUCCUGGAAGCCAACUACUCUGUAGUGUUGGCAGAAUUCAAGGCUGUAUAUCAGAGGGGCAUCGACUCAAAACUAGGCUGGACCUGUCUGGGACCAAAGGGCCAGGCAGUGUUUCCUUUGUACAGUGCAGGUGUCUCUGUGGCAGGAAACUGUCGGUCCUGUCCCUGCACCUACCGGACACUUCUAUCACUACGUACGUUCAUAAGCAGCAACUCAUUGGGAUCUGCUGGAUUUUGGCUGUUGGGACCCGGAGCAACGUUGGGGAGCUCAUAUGGACCCACCAAUACGCGCCUACGUUGUCACCUUGGUCUGCAGACUCCACCCCUGUGUGAGCUGGUGGUGGGAGGGGAGCCUCAGUGCUGGUCAGAAGGACACUGCCUCCUGGUUGAUGACUCGUUCCUCCACACUGUCUCCCACAAGGGGCCUCCAGAUUCUGGACCCCGAGUAAUUUUGAGUGUGGACCUCUGGCAUCCAAAUGUGGCUGCAGCAGAGAGACAAGCUUUGGACUUCAUGUUCAACCCCGACUUCUGAAUUUGCGCCUGCCAAUACUACCAAUAUACAACAUGCAGGGAUGCCUUACCUUAGCCCUGCUUGUUGUGGGUCCUGCAUCUCAUUCCAGUCAAGAAUCACUGUGUGAAUCUGCUCUAAGAAUUACGCAAGCCAUUAGCCAUGCUUUCAAGUGGUUUAUGGAUAAAGUUAGUCAGUGCUAAAUGCUAUACAAUUUGGAUGCAAACUACAAACUAAAUCACUUGAAAGCACAAUGAGAUCUAACCUAAGAGGAGCAGAUGGUGUUAACUAUUAUAAAUCUAUCUUGACACAAUGCUAGUGAAUGCUAUUUUUGCAUGUGAAACCUAUCUGUCCUGAUUACUGGACUUUGUUUUGAGCUGAUGCAUGUGCACGAGUGUACGAGUCAGCCUGGGAUGCUUUAUUUUGAAAUUUAGGUAGAUAACAAAAAAAACUGUGAAAACAUGAAAAGUAUAUAAAUGCAAAUUUCUAUUUAUUUUUGUUUUCCAAAAUGAAUGCCAAGAUCAUAUUAACUUUUACAUACUGUGGUUAUUCUUUCUAUUCUUAUUACCUCCAUGUAUGCUUGUAUGUUUCUAUCUGUAAAUCUAUUUUUCAUUUAUUAAUAUAUUUGGUUUACAUCACAUGCAUACAUCAGGUUUGUUGUCAAUUCUGUCUUUCCUGGAAUCCAGAUAAUAAAUAAAUAACAAAUAAAUCAG